AUCUCGAAAUCCGAAUCCGCUCACUAGUAUAAAAUCACUUAUUCACUGUCAAUCAUGUUCAAGCUUAUUCCUAGCUUCAUUGUCUUAGACAACACUGCCAUGUAAAAAUACUUGACAUAGCACUACAUCGCAAAACAUUCUUCCUCAUCCCAUACCACAAGAGCAACAAUGGCCCUCUUCCAUCCUUCCUUCUCUACCCUCACAUCCCCAAACUCCACCCCGAAAACAAUCCUCAUAACGGGCGGCUCCUCAGGAAUCGGUCUCGCAACUGCCACCCUCCUCUCCGCCCUCAACCCAAACCACAACCUCAUCCUCGUAGACCUCCACCCCCCACCCCCAACCUUCACUCACUCUCCCUCCCACCUCCUCGUGCACACCUGCGAUAUCACCUCCUGGGCCGCCCAGCGCGACGCCUUCGCCGCUGCGCACGCAAAGUUCUCCCGCAUAGACGCCGUCUUCGUCAACGCCGGCAUAGCCGAACACGCCGACCAAUUCUUCACCUCGACCCUCGAUGCCUCCGGCAACCUAGCCGAGCCCGACCACAGAGUCCUCACUUUGGACCUCAACGCCGCAGCGUCCACUACCAAACUCGCAAUCCACUACCUGCGCAAGAAUGGCGGCGGUGGCGACUUCGCGGGAUCAAUAGUCCUGACGGCAAGUCUGGCAGGCUACCUCGGCUCCGCGGGCGCUCCCCUCUAUUCGGCUGCUAAACACGGUCUUGUCGGGUUGAUGCGUGCGCUCAAGCAGGAAUGCGCCAAAUUACGCAUUGCCAUUUCGCUCGUUGCGCCGGGCAUAACUGUUACCCCGAUCCUUGCGCAGGGUCUACCAGAGUUGCGGGAUUUACCGCCCGAGGAGCAUGCAAGGAAGAUGGCCAAGUCCGGAGUACCGAUUAAUUCGCCAGAUGCGGUUGCGAGGGCGGUGUGUGGGUUGUUAGGGGAGGGCAUGGCGGCGAAUGGUAAGGGCGUUUGGGUGCAGGGGGAUCGGUUUGCGGAUGUGGAGGCGGGAUUGAUUAAGAGUAGGGAGGCGUGGAUGGGGAAGGAGAUGUUGGGGCUGUUCAAGGGGGGACGGGGGGCGCCGUUGUUUGCAAGGUUGGAGGAGGAUGAUGGUAAUGUCAAGGCGAAAAUGUGAUGCUCUGAGAUGAAGUUAUGCAUAAGAAAUUUCACAAGAAGCAUAGGAUUGUAAAUAUAAGCAAAAGAGGUAUUUGUACAUUUGUUAGAAACAUAGCCUAAUCCAUGUAUCCAUUACUGAUGGAUGGGAUCAUGA